AUGUUGGAUUCAGAAUCAGAAACAGGAUUGCAAAAAGAUGAAACACUUCACUAUUUUUCAUCGACGCCGACUCCACAUGGACAUACUAUGUGUCCUCUUGGCCAUAUAAUUGAUCAUACGAAACCAGAUAUAACUGUAUUAUGUGAAUUGUGUAAAUCUUUUCUACAUGUUAGCGAAUUAAACACACACACAAUAUAUCAUAAUGCGCUGAAAUUAUAUAAAUUCAAAGAAGUUCCAAAUAAAAUGGAUGUCAUACUUCGACGAAGAGAUCUACUUAUUCAACGGAUGCAACGUUUAAAUAUAUCUGCAGAAUCUUAUUUCAAGUAUGUUAAAACAAUUAAUGAUGGAUUUCAAAUUUUAAAACGAACUAUUGAACCAUACAUGUAUGGAGAGAAUGGAUGCAUAUAUGAUAAUCGCGAAGCAUCCUGUGUACAAGGUUUCAGUUUUGUACCACGUAACCGACUAUUUCUCAGUAUUGGUAUGUGCACUAGUCAAAAUAAACAACAUAAAGCCGACAUGGAAGAUAGUAUGAGAUUUAUUGAUUGUUUCGGUGGUAAAGAAAAAUUUGCAUACGUUGGCUUAUUCGAUGGUUACAAUGGAAAAGCGUCUAGUUCAUUAUGUCGUGAACAUUUUCAUGAUGCAAUUCUAUUUGAAAUGUCUAAAUUAAUAAACGAGAUGAAUGGCACGGAAGCUGAAGAAACUCUUAUAAAUCGUCUCUAUGCGCGUAUGGUUGAUCCCUCUAGUGAGUUCAGUAGUGUAAAAAAUAUUGGUGAUGUAUAUCGUUUGGCUUAUUUAAAAAUGGAUCAUCUUCUAUCUCGUGGUGUGAAUGAAACAUCAAGCGUUCGUUGGAGUGGUACAUCAGCAUGUACAGCUGUAAUAGUUACUAAUGAUAACAUUGACGAGUUAUUAGCUGAUUUAGAAAACGAUGAUAAUCCCGACAAUGAAAAAAAGGGCCGUAUUGCUCUUGGACAUAUUCAUGUUGCUAAUUGUGGAAAUGUUGAAGCAUUAGGUAUUCGCGGUCGCGAAGCUUUUCUAUUGACACAAAAGCAUACACCAGCUAAUAAACACGAACGUGAAAGAAUAUUAGGAGCAGGUGUUAAAAUAAAUGAUAAUGAUUUAGUCGCUGGUAUACUUGAAACAAGUCGUGGAUUAGGUAAUCAUGGUGAUAAAGUUAUUAAGAAGAGUGUCAUUAAUUCACCUUAUGUUUGGACAUAUGAAAUUGACCCAUCAUUAGAAUGUAUUAUAUUAGCUACGGAAGGUCUUUGGCAAGUGCUUCAAAAUGAUGUUGUUGUUGAUAUAGUUACACAAGCUUUACCAUCUCACCAUCUGCCAAUACCUAGUCGUGUUGAAACAGCACUUCGAUCUGUACUUGAAAAAUACGGGAAAACAACACAUACGCCUUAUUUUACACAUGAAGAUGAAGUUCUCAAUUGUAUGAAUGAACUUUUAUAUCUCAUUGAAGAAAAUACAGAUGGUGAUAAUCAAAAUGAUAAAAUGAACUUUUUAUCUACGUGUAAUCGUGCAGUACAGUGUUCUGAAGAUGAAAUUCAUCAAGAAAUUUGGAAUUCUCUUUCUGCUGAAUGUCGUCUUCGUCUUGAACUAGCGCAAACCAUAGCCGAGCGGCUCGUUUCCGCUGCGUUAUUAGCACAAUCAAAAACAAAUGUCAGUGUCAUAUGUCUUUUAUUACCCGGUGCAGCUGUUUAA